GUUUAGCGCUCAAUGUACUCUUACUGUAUAUAAAUACUCGGUUCCGGGGUUUUCCAACGAAACCUACAGUAACAAUGUCCGAUCAAAUUUUACCUGAAAUUGUGUCCAACAUUUUAAGCCGGUGCGACGUAGCAACAAUUGGUCGCUGCAGAUGCAUUUCCAAACAAUGGUAUGCCGUAAUCGAGAGUACCCAUUUCAUGAAACUACAGGUAGACUACGCCACCAACACCAUAUCUGCUGCCGUGUUCUUCAAGGACCUGUUCGACGAAACCCUCUUUCAAGCACCCAUGCGCAAUCUGGAUAUGCGCUCUGUGCCAAUUAUUUCUCAGGUUAAGCCAUUUUCCUUAGUUGGGUCUUGCAAUGGUUUGCUUUUGUUACAUAAGAAUCAAACCCCAGACUUUUGCAUUCUGAACUCUCUUACUAAGAAACAUGUCUACCUUCCACAUUUACUUCCUUCUUCUCUUGUCGGGACUGAUCGUAAUAAUGAUGCUUGUGUUAAUGCCUUAGGAUAUGGUUUUGGUUAUGACAGUGUUAAUGAUGACUAUAAGGUUGUUAGGAUUGUGCAAGAGCUUGAUCCUGCUAAAACGGGUUUCUUAAGAACUGAGAUGACUGUCACUAGUGUUAAAAACAGAGUAAUCAAACUUCAUGAAAUGCCUUACUUUAUGGAGCCAUUGGCUAAUGGUUUGUUUGUUGCUGGGGUUCUGCAUUGGCUAAUGGGUAAAUAUAAUCAUGAGAAAAUGCAUUUAAUUGUGGGUUAUGAUCUUGCCACAAAUGAAAUCCGAGAGCUGCCACUGCCUGAUUUAAAGGGUGAACGUAAGGAUCUUAAGUUUGAGGGUAGUACCACAAUUGGCUGUAGAGUUGGUUUGGGUCUAUUAAGAACAUGGUUAUCCAUAUCUACUAACUAUGGAAAUGGUAUGUCUGUUGGUUUUUGGGCUAUGAAAGAAUAUGGCAUUAAGGAAUCUUGGACUAAGCUAUUUUCAUUCUCCCUUGCUCACAUGUCAUGUGAUUUGGUUAGGCCUUUGGGUUUAUCGGAAAAUGACAACCUAGUUUUUCUUGAGUUGGAUAGGAAACGACUUAUCUUGUAUGACAGAAAGGCAAAAGAUGUCACAAGUUUAAUGCACAAAGCUCAAGGAGAAGCCAUGGUUUGUUUCAGAAGCAUUGCUCCCCUUCCAUCUGCUAAAAAUGGACAAACGGAUGAAAAACAUCAAUCUUCUCAAGAUCAGAAGUCAAAGAGGAAGAAGAGGGAUAAUUUCCUGUCAAAAGGUUUCAAGCUUAAACUAUAGUGCAAGAAAGCUAUAUCAGGGUCAUGGAUGGUAAAGAGGAUUUCCACUUGUGUGAUGAGGAUUCUAUGGUGGAACUAAAGAAAUUAGGACAACUUUUUGUUUUGUGCAGGACACAUAUAUACUACUAUAUGUUAUAUUGCUAAAAGGCUUUAAUGAGAUUUCAGAAUAGUGAUGCUGUAGGAUAUGGUAAGAUUGAGCAAUCUGAACUUAUAAGUUUUUUACGUACCAACUUACUUAUUAGCAUAUGUUAAUCUCUAGUCCUCAUUCUCUUAUCA